GCCUCAAAUGGAACUCACAAAUCUUCACAACCCCAUAACCAAUUCAAAAUGACCUCAUCAUACUUUUUUUCCAAUGUACUAGCACUAAUACUAGUACUAGCAAUUGCUUUUUUUUUGUUGCUGCAGGGCCAUGGCCUCAACCAUGGACAGCAAUAGGUUAGCACUCAGAGGAGGCAACGAGACAGAUAGGCUGGCAUUGCUUGCCAUUAAAGCUCAAAUACACCAAAAUCCCAACCGGCCAGUCAUGAGCUCGUGGAAUAAGUCCACUCAUUUUUGCAACUAGCAUGGUGUCACCUGCAGCCGACGCCAUCUUCAGAGGGUCAUUAAGCUGAACUUAACCUCCCUGAAGUUAUCCGGGUCCAUAUCUCCGCACAUAGGAAACCUGAGCUUCCUAAGGGAUCUAAGCUUCUAUGAUAAUAGCUUCACCAAAAAAAUCCCUCCAGAAAUUGGGCACUUGCGGAGGUUGCGGAUAUUACGUCUAGAAAACAACUCACUCAGUGGUCCUAUUCCUGCCAAUAUCUCCAAUUGCUUCAAACUCAUUAUUAUCGAUGUUUCUUACAACAAGCUGGGAGGUAACAUUCCUCCAGAACUUGGCUCCUUGUCUAAGCUUGAGUAUCUUAGUUUGCUAUUUAAUAAUCUAACAGGAGGGAUACCUCCCUCCUUGGGUAACCUUUCUAGUCUUGGCUCACUUGAUGCUUAUAGUAAUAACUUGGUGGGAAGUAUUCCUAGUUCUCUAGGCCAACUGAAAAAAUUAACAUAUUUCUCAUUGGAAUCAAACCAGUUGUCUGGUACCAUCCCUCCCUCCAUCUAUAACAUCUCAAGUCUCAUUGGAUUUAUCAUAGGAAUAAACCAAAUUCAAGGGAGCAUGCCCCCAACCUUGUUCAGAACCCUUUUGAAUCUCAAAUAUUUUUGCAUUUCCGAUAAUCAGUUGAGUGGAUCACUUCCUCUGUCAAUAAGCAAUGCCACUAAUUUAGUGGAUUUUUAUGUUGAGAAUAACCAAAUAACAGGGCAAGUGCCAAACUUACAAAAGCUUCGUACCCUUGUGACAUUCUAUAUUGCUGGUAAUCAUCUCGGAAGUGGCAGUGAUGGGGACUUGAGUUUUUUCUCAUACUUGACCAAUGCUACACAGUUGGUGUGGUUGGCUGCAGAUACCAACAACUUCGGAGGGACGUUGCCCGCAUCAGUAUCCAAUCUCUCAACCAACCUUGCAGGUCUCGAUGUUCACAAAAACCAAUUACAUGGAAGCAUCCCUGCAGGGAUAGUGAAUCUGGUCAACAUGGAAUUAUUGGUUUUGUCUGAUAACAUGUUCACAGGUAACAUUCCCACUGACAUCGGGAAACUUUCAAGUCUUGGGAAAUUGGGUUUUCAUAAUAACAGAUUAUCAGGAAGCCUCCCAUCCUCUCUAGAAAAUCUGACAUCAUUAGUUUAUCUCGAAUUGCAAGGAAAUAAUUUUAAUGGUACCAUCCCUACAAGCCUUGGGGAAUGCCAUUCAUUGCUAGUGCUUGAUCUUUCACGCAAUAAUCUUAGUGGGGACAUACCUCCACAAGUUAUUGGUGUUCCUUCUUUAUCAAUAUCUUUGAACUUGUCUGAAAAUCGUCUCAGUGGUUCCCUUCCCUUGGAGGUAGGAAAGUUAAAAAGUCUAGGUGAGUUGGAUCUCUCUAAUAAUAUGAUAUCAGGAAAACUUCCUAGUAGCCUUGGUAGUUGCCUGAGUUUAGAAAUCCUGCUCUUGCAAGGAAACUUCUUUGACGGCUCCAUUCCUUCGGCUAUGGUUUCCUUGAGAGGGAUUCGAGAUUUAGACCUUUCGCGCAAUAAUCUCUCCGGUGAAAUUCCUGAAUUUCUGGCGGGGUUUGGAAGCUUGAAGCAACUUAACCUGUCUUUCAAUGACUUUAGGGGUGCAGUACCAGUUAAAGGUGUCUUUAACAAUGCAAGUGCCACUUCAGUUGUCGGAAACACUAGGCUCUGCGGAGGUAUUUCUGAAUUUCAGCUUCGAAAGUGCAAGUCUAAAGAAUCGAGGUCUCGUAGCAUGAAACUAACAAUCUCAUUAGUAUCCGCAUUCACACUUCUUGGAAUUGCUAUGCUGCUGACAUUUAUGUUUCUUUGUUUCUCCAAAAAGAAAAGCAAAGCAACUUCAUCAAGCACAUUUUCGAACUCUAUUUUGCAAGUCUCAUAUAAUACUCUCUCCAAAGCUACUGAUGGUUUCUCUGCAACAAAUUUGAUUGGUGCGGGUAGUUUUGGGUUUGUCUACAAAGGAGUUCUCAACGAAGAUGGAGCUCAGCUUGUUGCUGUGAAGGUGUUUAACAUGUUACGCCGGGGAGCUUCCAAGAGUUUCCUAGCCGAAUGUGAGGCACUCCGAAAUAUCAGACAUCGAAAUCUAGUCCCAAUUAUAACUGCAUGUUUGAGUUUUGACUCUCAUGGUAAUGAUUUCAAGGCUUUGGUUUAUAAGUUCAUGGAGAAUGGGAGCUUAGAGGAGUGGCUACAUCCAACUACUGGGACAGAGGACGCACUGAAGAAUUUAAGUCUUGUUCAGAGGCUAAACAUUGCCAUUGAUGUUGCUUGUGCACUGGAUUAUCUUCAUAAUCAUAGCAAAACACCAAUAGUUCAUUGUGAUCUCAAGCCAAGCAAUGUUCUUUUGGACAAUGACUUGACUGGACAUGUUGCUGACUUUGGAUUAGCUAGAUUCCUCUCAAGAAUAGCCGAUAACGUCUCAGCAAAUCAAUCAAGUUCCAUUGCAAUAAGAGGGACUAUUGGUUAUGCUGCUCCAGAGUAUGGAAUGGGUAGUGAGGUGUCAACAUAUGGAGAUGUCUACAGCUUCGGCAUUCUCUUGUUAGAGAUGUUUACAGGGAAGAGACCCACUGACCACAUGUUUGUGGACGGUUUGAACCUUCACAAGUUUGUGAAGAUGGCCUUCUGCGAGCGAGUUUUAGAGAUUGCUGAUUCAUCACUUGUUCAAGUAGGCAAUCCCAGCCAGAGCACCAAUGAUGCUCUUGAGGAAUGCUUGAGUUUAAUACUGGGAAUUGGAGUUGCUUGCUCUGUGGAAUCUCCAACAGACCGAGAGAAUAUCGGUGAUGUUGUAUCUGAACUGAAAAGCAUUCGAGCCACUCUUGUUGGAUAGAAACUUUGCUAUUGUUUUGUUAUGGCUUCCACUGCCAAUCAUGCAUGUUUUUAUGUGCUGCCCGCUUUCAAUUCUUGUUGCUACUAUAUAUGCACGAAGAAUGUUUAAUUAGGCAGCUCAAUAAAUCGCCUUUCUCUUAGGCGUGUUUAUUGUUCAAUCAAGGCUUGGAUUAAGUUUGCAUCCCCUCACUUUCCUG